AAUGCGAAAAUGUUCUGUACAGGGCAGCCACACAAUAAACUGGAGCUCUGGACUGAUUAAGCAACAAGCGCACCUACGUAGGUGUUCACUUCCACUUGUCAAAUUGUACAGUACAACAACAGCCGACUGAAUAAUUCCGUUAAAAAUAAGACCUUAAAAAAUGUUUGACUACAUUGACUAGUUCAAUGACGACCACAAAUGUGUGGUCACUUGUUCUUACAGUCUUCGCAUUCCAUAACCAGCUCUUCUUCUCUGUCAUCACCCUUUCUCACGUAGCAAAUGGGUUGAGCAUCAGUCCUCCCUCGGAAGAAAUAUUCAGCAAUCAGCUCUGCCCUGACCCCACCACGAAAGCUGCGUCCACCAGCCCAGACUCGUCCAGUGGCACCUUGGGGACAUGGAACUCGUGGUGGCCCCCACGGUCUGGCGCAUCUCAGCCGCUCCUCCCACAAAAGAUACUCGCCAUCAAUCUGGACAAACCAAAGGACUCGACUCACUUUUACGAAAGCUGUACCUUCAAGGAGCAGUGGGAGCCGGGGCCAGUGACAGGAGAGUCGCCACGGCUUAAGCAUAACGUCAGGGUUCGCUCCAUCAAUCUCAACGUCAACAGUUGGAACUUCUCAACGUCACAAAACUGCUCCACCUUCAUUAAGUUCAACAAUUGGGAUGACCACGACGGGGGACGAUAUCCGGUGCUGUGUGGGAGGGAGAACUUUGACCAGUACCUGGGCCCCUACGGUCAUCCCAUGGUGCUGUACUACCAGUGGAAAAAGGGAGGGCUCUCUUUCCCACUAUUUCAUUCCAGCUACGGUGAACACCACCGAGAUCGUAAGGAGACUUUGGAGCUGCAAUACAUGCAAAUUUAUUUCUUCGUCACGUCAGGGUCAAAAGGGGACACGAACAGAAAGUGUCGCGUGCAGCAGUACCGCUUGGACUGGUUGCGAAUGGGAUGUUCAUCGUAUUCGACGGAGGAGGAGCCGGUUUGUGGGGAGUACCCCUGCCCAGAGCUCGAAGCCCUUUAUCAAUCCAAGAUGACAAUCUUCAAGGAUGGUGAGAGCGAAAAUGACACCGUCCUCGUUUGGAAAACAAAGAAUGACAAAUACAGAAUGCGUACCUUCCUCCGCCAAAAGUUUGUUCCCGUCGUGUUCUUAAUUGUCCUAAUUUGUGCAUACCGAUCUUACAUGAAGGCUGGGCUCAGAUACCAAAAUUCGAUACAAGAUGACAUGCCGGAUUUCCGAGUACGAUCCAUCAGACGACGCAUUCCAACCUCGCGAGCAUACCCUGGACGUGGACCCGGUCCCUGGCGCGACAUGACGACGGAAGCAGCUUACUGGGAUUUCCCAGACGAGGAUCCUCCUCCAGACUACGUGGCCACAGGGUCCCGUCAACAACAGGAUGAUGCGGUUAUACAAAUGGGGAAUGAUAACACUGUCACCACCACUGGCAGCAGCAGCCCCUACAAUCCAAAUCAAUCCAUACGCAUGCAUGAGGUUCAGCCAAAACUGACCGAGAAUGAGGUAGAAGUGGAGCCACCCCCACCGUACGAGUCUGUCUGUCCUCCCACAUAUGGAGAAGCCACAAAACCAUAAAUGGAUACAAUUUUUGUAAAUUCCUAUCCAUCAUAUGCCAUAUGAUUACAGAAUACAAAUACAAUUUUCAAUGUGCUAAAAUA